GAAAACAACGUUACUCAUUUCCGGUAAGUGACGCGCAUGCGUUCAGCCAAUCUUCGGUGUCCUGUGUAUGCGAAUGCUGCAGCUAGAGAGCUAUGGCGGCGUGCCGGGGAUCCUCAGCGAAAUGGUUUUUCUCACGGGAGCACCUCGAAGCAACGCCGUCCCGCCGUUCGGGAGUGGAACCGGACAGGGAGCUAUCAUACCGACAGCAAGCGGCGAAUCUCAUUCAAGAUAUGGGCCAGAGACUCAACGUCUCCCAACUUACAAUAAAUACUGCAAUUGUUUACAUGCAUCGUUUUUAUAUGUACCACUCUUUCACCAAAUUCCACAGAAAUAUAAUUUCUCCAACCACCUUAUUCCUUGCAGCAAAAGUUGAAGAGCAGCCUCGGAAACUUGAACAUGUCAUCAAAGUUGCACAUGCUUGUUUAAACCCUCAAGAGGCGCCGCUUGAUUCAAAGAGUAAUGCAUACCUCCAGCAAGCUCAAGAGCUGGUGAUACUUGAAACCAUAGUGCUGCAGACUUUAGGAUUUGAAAUAACUAUUGAGCAUCCACACACUGAUGUGGUGAAGUGUUCCCAGCUAGUGCGAGCAAGCAAGGAUCUGGCACAGACUUCCUAUUUCAUGGCUACCAACAGCCUGCACCUCACCACGUUCUGCCUGCAGCACAAGCCCACGGUCAUCGCCUGCGUCUGCAUCCACCUGGCCUGUAAAUGGUCCAAUUGGGAGAUCCCCGUCUCCACUGACGGAAAACACUGGUGGGAGUAUGUAGACAACUCUGUUACGCUGGAGCUUCUCGAUGAACUGACUCAUGAGUUCCUUCAGAUUUUGGAGAAGACUCCUAGCAGGUUGAAACGGAUAAGAAACUGGAGGGCCACACAAGCUGCCAAGAAGCCUAAGGGAGAUGGCUCUCAGGUGAAUGACCCCUACCCAGGACCAUCCCUGGUCCAUGAACAUUCCCUGGGAGACGCCAUCCCUGGGGUCUCCAACUCUGCCUUCUCCAAAGCUGCUGCCUCGUUCCCUGUUCCUUUGCCGGGGCACACCAGUGGGCCCCUCUCACUGGACUCCAUCGCCUCCAUGCAGGGCAGCUCCUACACUUUCACAGCCCCCAGUGACUGGCCCCAGGACACAGGGGGUCGCACGGAGGGAGGGGGGUAUUCCCUUAAAACAGAUGCACUUAGCCUCCAGCAGGGGGCGCCAUUGUCUCUUCAACACGCCUCUUUGAAUCCACACAGACCAGAUAAGACGGUGGAGUUCAACCCUGUUAAACAUGAACACAAGGCCAGCAGCGGGGGUGGUGGGUCUGGGGGGAAGCACCAGCAGGCUGUUUUCCCUCCACCACCCCCGCCGGCCCAGAAAAUGUCCCUGGACAAGUACAGGGAGAAGCAUGCUGCUGAGCUGGCCGUGCAGCAGAAACGCAGACAGACAGAGCCGUCAAGUGUAGAGAACGAGGGCAGAGACUCCUAUAUGCCCUCCACUGUCCAAUCAGACAACCGGAAACACAUGCAGCCCCACCCUAACCCCGUGGGCAGCGGCAUCACUGCCUCCCCUCUUAAAAUGAAGCUGGCCAUGCUGGGCCAGGACCGGCUCCCCUCCGACCAAUGGGACAAGGGGAGCUCACUCAAACUCCGCCUCCCAGCUCCGUCUCAGGGCGGUGCGGCCAGCAAGGAGGAGCUGAAGAUGAAGAUUAAGGUGUCGGCCGAGCGCCACAGCUCGUCCGACGAGGGCGCGACCAAGAGCAAACAUUCCAGCCCGCUGGUGAGCAAGGAGCCUCGCCGGGACCACUCCGCCCACCGCCAUCACAAGCAGCACGGUCACGCUCACCUCCACGCGUCGCAGCACAGCGGCAAUGGCCGGGGGGGGGCCCCCUGAGGGGCCCGCAGGGGUCGGGCCAGCCCUCCUUCGGAGCCCGCUGGGGCUUGGAGUCGUUGAGGGGGUAGUGGCUCCGGCUUCUGGUUCCG